ACGCGACUGACGCGUCAUCGCAAUACGCGCAGACGCGCGCGCGCGUGUGGUUUAUUUUUGUUGUGCUCCAUUUGUGCGCUGGGCGUCUACGUGCAUGUGCGCGUCGAUCGGCAGGAGAAGCGGCAACGACGGCGACGACGGCGACGACGACGAUGAUGAUGGCUCAGCCGCGCGAACCAGCUACCAGGACAGGCCAAGACAGAGCGUGCGUCGAGUGACUCAUUCGCCGACAGUCGCGCGUCAACGUCUCCGUGGUACCGGUCAGCUGUUGAGUGAACGCACUCCUGGAGAAAGAUAGAUGGGCGCGCGGCGUGAUCGGGCCUAGUUGCGCGGUACACGCAUCGCUUUGACUUGGUUCCACGAGGCGGCAAGUGCGAAUAAGGCGCGAGAGGGGCGCGCGGGAACACGAGUGCGAGCGGCUGGCCGCGGAAAAUAAUCGUAGAGAAGUGCAGCGAAGGAUGCAGGGGAGCUUCGAGAAAGCUUCGAAAAGGUAGUUGCGAUGCGAGAAGCGUGUCGCUGCCGCACUGGAACUGACGGAUAAUAGCCGUGCAUGCGCGAGUGCGGGGGGGCUAAGCGGAAGGAGAACACAACAACAACAAGAAAACGGACGUAGAGUUGGCGGCCGAUGGGAUGCAUCUACCGGUGGGUUCGGUGAGCUGCGGCGGCGACAGCUUCGGCCUGCAGCAGCACCAAGGCCCACCGCCUAAUCAUCACCAUCACCAUCAUCAUCACCACGACAAUCUUACGCCUCUCGAGCAUCAGCCACAGCAGCAGCAUUAUAAUCAGCAGCAGCAGCAGCAGCAGCAGCAACAUCAACAGCAGCAGCAGCAGCAGCAACAGCAGGAGGACGCCAACGAGGCAGGUGCCGGAGACAUGAGCGAGGCCGCCGCCGUCGGCGAACUCUGGUGGACCGAGAGACUAGUCGGCGAGGCGCAAGCUGAACAUCCGGGCGAACUCGUUAGAACAGGUUCCCCAUAUUUCCUAUGCAGUCAACUGCCGACACACUGGCGCUCGAACAAGACACUGCCGGUGGCGUUCAAAGUGGUUGCACUCGGAGACGUUGGCGACGGCACUCUAGUGACGGUGAGAGCGGGCAACGACGAGAAUUGUUGCGCCGAACUUCGAAACUCCACAGCACUCAUGAAGAAUCAGGUGGCCAAGUUUAAUGACCUCAGGUUCGUCGGUAGAAGCGGAAGGGGAAAGAGCUUCAGUAUCACGAUAACGGUUUCAACGACGCCACCACAAGUAGCAACGUACACUAGAGCAAUUAAGGUCACUGUCGAUGGUCCUCGGGAGCCGCGCUCCAAAACGAGACAACAGCACCAGCAGUUCCGUGCGCUGGGUCACGGGCAGCAUCCCUACCUCGGUGCUCCCACCUCGUUCUCCAGUCACCUGCGCGAGCUCGAGUACAGGCGGUCCAAGCACCACCAUCAUCACAAUCAGCAGCAGCAGCAACAGCAGCAGUCGCAACAGGGCACCGCCAGCAAUGGCGCAGCAAGUGUAAGUUCCUGCUCGGCGGCGAACCCCAGCAACAAUGCCAAUUCCUCGGCCACUUCACCGUCUUCCGGCAGCCAUCUGCCCAACGCCGCUGGGACUAAUACGCAUCAGGACUGUUACAAGCACAGUCCGCAGCAUGGUGAUACAAUACCAAAUUUUCAACACUGUUAUUCUAAUCUACUUGAUACUGAAUUCACACACAUAGACAUCGAUUUAUUUGUAGAUACGAGUGGGGCCAGCAGUGGCGGCGGUGGCGGUGGCAGCGGGGCGACAGAAUGGGCGUAUCCGUCGGCGGCGCCGUCUUAUCCGGCGGGACCUGCUGGAAGCGCCGGCGGUGGUGGCGGGGCAGGCUCCUACUCGCCCAUACCAGGUGGCGCGUUCUCUUAUCCAGGCGAGGCGCUCGCCCAUCACCCAACCACUGAGCCCGUGCCCCUUCCAACCGUGCUUCCGUCAGACAGUCAACAAGACGCGUACACGCCGAAUUGCGUGUCGAUGUAUCCAAGUCACGCCGGCACGACGGCAGCACCGGUAGCAGCGCCGUCAGCCCCGCCGCCGACAACGACGGCAUUGGUAGCGACGAAAAGUACCGAUGACAUGUACGGCGCGAGUAGCAGUCCAAGCGGUGGUGCCGGCUAUCAUUACGGCGGCUGGCCAACGGCACCGGCGCCCGCGACACCCGUUCCUGUAGCCGCGGCCGGCUACAAUCCUAAUUAUCAAGGCUACUAUCACCAGAAUCCAACGGCGCAGAAUUAUAUUAGUCCGGCGCCGAUGGUGCUCUAUCCUCAAGUGUUCACCAGCACGAUCAAUCAGAAUCAAAUUCAUCUGCACAUCAGCGACGAUUCGCUCGCCAACAAUCUCACGAUCAACAGUAAUAGACUGGAGAUUGGUGUAUUGGGUGAGGAGAAUGAGCAGCGCAAUGAUGUCUGGCGACCGUAUUGAAAGGACACCUUCUGAACUUUGGACGGUUCAGAGUUAAAGCACUGAUAAUCGUAUCAUCACCCCGUAGCUGGCACAGUGACCGGCAGGUGAUGGUCACACACCACGAGGCGAUCGCCGCACAAGAUGAAGGGAGUACAACUUUACGCACCGGAACUCGCCGAUAGGAUCUCAAUAUUAAAGACGGCCGCCGCCUAUUUUUUUUAAUUUUUGUUUCGAGGCCAAUAGCGCGUGACGCAGCGCAACCAAGAUACAAGAGAAUAAUGAUAAAAGAAACUAUAGCCGUUUUCCUUGGCUUUCCCUUCGGGAGCAAAGGAGAGAGAAACCGCGCGAACGGAAGACUUUGAUAUAUUGUACAUACGCAGAUAUUUUCCAUUAAAUAAAACUUGAAAAA